GUUGUGACAGAACCACCUAAUGGUCUGAAACUGAACAUGAGAGCCACCUACUUCAGAAUUCCCCAGGAAGCCUUAGAGCAGUGCCCACAUCCUGCCUUUAAAUCCUUAGUCUAUGUCUUGGCAUUUUUCCACGCUGUGGUUCAGGAGAGAAGGAAGUUUGGGAAGAUUGGCUGGAACGUACCAUAUGAUUUUAAUGAAUCUGAUUUCCAGGUCUGCAUGGAAAUUCUUAACACAUACUUGACAAAAGCUUUUGAACAAAAUGAUGAUAAAAUCCCCUGGAGCAGUCUGAAAUAUCUUAUUGGUGAGGUCAUGUAUGGUGGGCGUGCCAUUGAUAGCUUUGAUCGUCGCAUUCUGACCGUCUAUAUGGAUGAGUACCUUGGUGAUUUCAUCUUCGACACAUUCCAAAUGUUUCAUUUUUAUAAAAACGACAAGGUUGAUUAUAAAAUUCCAUAUGGGACUGUAAAGGAGGACUUUGUCGAGGCGAUAGAAUCUCUGCCACUCGCUAACACUCCAGAGGUGUUUGGUCUCCAUGCAAACGCUGAGAUCGGGUACUACACGCAGGCAGUUCGCAGUAUGUGGUCUGACCUCCUCGAGCUGCAGCCUCAGACAGGUGAAACUGGUAUGGGCAUUAGUCGAGAUGAAUAUAUUGGAAAUGUUGCUAAGGAUAUAGGAGACAAAAUACCACAAGUAUUUGAUCUUGAUGAGAUACGGAAAAGUUUGGGACGAGGCAUAUCCCCUACGGGUGUGGUGCUGUUACAGGAACUGGAACGUUUCAAUAAGCUGAUCGUUCGAAUGGCAAAGUCAUUGGCUGAACUGCAACGGGCCUUGGCUGGGGAAGUUGGAAUGAGCAGUGAACUGGACGAUGUGGCGCAGGCGCUCUUUAACGGACAGAUUCCUGCAAUCUGGCGGCGGCUAGCCCCCGAUACCCUCAAAACACUUGGAAAUUGGAUUAUUUUCUUUAGAGCUCGGUAUGACCAGUACACCAGCUGGGUUAACGAGGGUGAACCCAAGGUGCUGUGGCUCUCCGGCCUGCACAUCCCUGAAUCCUACCUGACUGCCCUCCUUCAAGCCACCUGCCGGAAAAACAAGUGGCCCCUGGAUCACUCCACCCUCUACACAGAGGUAACCACGUACAGGACUGAGGAAGACAUUGCUGAAGACUCCACUCAAG